AUGGCCAGUCGUUCUGAUGUUGUUUUUCUUAUGUCGAAAACAUGCGGGAAACUCCGCCAUAUGGAGAAUCCACCAGAGACACACCUCAAGGUAGUUGGUCGCCUUCAAGCUUUACUUUCAACGCUUCUGCUUUUCCGCCACCGUGCUCAUCCCGAGGCUGACACACCAAAUAAGGAAGGCAAUCAAUUGCCAAGGAUGAGCGGGCGGCGCAUCCCGACGCUUCCCACGGUUCACCGCGCCAAGCAAGCGCUUCCCAAGCGCUUCCCCGCUGGCAGGUCUUUUUCCAACCUGAGCGUUCACCUGGGCUCCCUCUCUGGAUUUGAGACCUACAGAUGGCGGGCUAACCUUCACUACCUCGAAAAGUGUCUCGAUUGUCGAGUUUCUUCUUCGUCCGACACCCUCGUCAAUCCAACCGACUCCUCGUACGAUAACGCAGAUCCGAUUAACGGCCAAAAACAAUGUCACCACAUCCCACCGUCGCUGCUGCCAUCUAGUCGCCAAUCUCAGGACCAUCUCUCCCCUUUGAAAAACAAAAGCCAUGGAAUCAGUCUAACCGACCCGAAAACGGCAUCGUUUCGGAAUCCCCGAAAAGCACUCAUUGCCCUGGUUUCUGUAGUUUCUCUUCUCUCUGUCCUUGCUGUCGUUGUGCCAGUGGGAUUGCUUGUUGGGAGGUCGAAACGAGAUGGGAGUGACUUCGACAACAACAAUCAAUCGCAAUUGCCUGCGUCACCUUCGGCGGUUGCGAACUUCGCCAUCUCCGGAGGCGAUGGGUCCACGGUAACCACCGACGAUGGGUCUACUUUUAUCUACUCCAAUAGGUUCGGGGGCUUCUGGGUUUCCGAUCCUGACAAUCCUUACAACAAUGAUGCGCAGCCUAACUCUUGGACUCCACCUCUGAACCAAAGUUGGGACUUCAACAAAGACAAGAUCUUUGGUGUCAACCUAGGCGGCCUUUUCGUUCUGGAACCUUUCAUUACCCCAUCCUUGUUUCAGCGGUAUCCAGGCGCUAUCGAUGAGUGGUCUCUGAGCGUAUUGAUGGCGGCCGACGCGGCCAACGGAGGAUUGGGUCAAAUUGAGCAUCAUUACAAUACCUUCAUUACAGAGAAGGACAUCGCUGAUAUUGCGGGAGCAGGACUGAACUGGGUGCGACUGCCAAUUCCGUUCUGGGCCAUUGAGACAUGGGAUGGCGAACCAUUCCUUGCGAAAACGAGCUGGAAAUACAUCCUCCGUCUCUUGAAAUGGUGUCGAAAGUAUGUACCCGGUUCUCAAAAUGGUGGCCCAUCCCUUUUUGACUCCAAUCCCAAAGGGUACAACCAUUCUGGACGAUACGGACAAGUGAACUUCCUUCGGGGCAUCAUGGGACUUGCAAACGCUCAACGAGCUCUGAAUUACAUACGGAUAAUCGCCGAAUUUAUCAGCCAACCGGAGUGGAGAGACGUUGUUCCUAUGUUUGGUAUCAUCAACGAACCAUUGUUAGAGGCCAUUGGCCCGGAUUCCUUACGCAGUUUCUAUGUCGCUGCCCAUGGAUUGAUCAGGAGUAUCACUGGUUACGGGGCUGGAUAUGGGCCGUGGAUUGGCAUUCACGAUGGAUUCUAUGGGGCUGACUCGUGGAGAGACUUCAUGCGAGGCGGUGAUAGAAUCUUCAUGGACAUGCACCCCUAUUUUGCCUUCAACGGAGGACAGACUAGGGUGGACCCGAUUGCUAAUGGAACGGGUUCUGGGGCAGGUGGCGUCUGGCCUGGUAUAGCGUGCCAGCGAUGGAAUGCGUUGUUCUCUAACAGCCGUUCGGAAUUCGGAGUCACCGUAGCGGGCGAAUGGAGUAACGGCUUUAACGACUGUGGUCUUUUUUUAAACGGGGUUGGCCUACCAGCCACCUACGCUGGAAAUUGCAAUCUCUGGCAGGACUCCACGAACUGGGAUGAGGCGACGAAGGCAGGCCUUCGCAAGUUCGCAACUGCAAGUAUGGAUGCCCUGGAUUCAUGGUUCUUUUGGACAUGGAAGAUCGGAAACUCAACCAGGGGUAUCGUUGAGGCACCGUUGUGGUCAUACCAACUGGGACUCGAAGGAGGUUGGAUUCCGCGAGACCCUCGCACCGCCUACGGGACGUGCAGCAAGCUCGGUUCUCCUUUGACGCCGGUCAAAGGUCCCUAUCCCUCUUGGAUGACCGGUGGUGAUGGCGCAGGACCUCCUCGAGAUGCAAGAAGCUACCCCUGGCCGCCCUCCAUGAUCGCCGGGGGAGGAGCGCCAACAAUUGUUCCGCACUAUGCAGCUACUGGCAUUAUUGCGACCCUACCGCCACCGACAUACACCGCAAGUGACGGACAUACAAUUUCGUCUGGAAAUGGCUGGUUCAAUACGCAAGACACGGCUCCCGCACCGACCCCGAUCCAGGGUUGCGUCUACCCCGACGCUUGGAACCCCAAACCGACCGCAGUAUCUUCCCAAUGUUUGGCGUAG